AUGUCAGCCCUCAAAGGCGCCUCGGCGCCGAUUCACUUCGGCUCAUUUAUUGUAACACCGCAGGUCUUCCUCACAACACCUCUCUCAUUUGCUCUCGUGAAUCUGAAACCGAUCCUUCCCGGCCAUGUCCUCGUCUCACCGCGCCGCGUCGUCCCCCGAGUAACAGACCUGACGCCAGCAGAAACAAGCGACUUAUUCCUUACCGUGCGUCGAGUCGGCCGAAUGGUCGAGCGCGUCUACGGUGCCUCGAGCUUAAACAUUGCUGUGCAGGACGGUGUGUAUGCCGGACAGAGCGUGCCUCAUGUCCAUGCGCAUAUUAUCCCGCGCAAGGCAGCUGAUUUAGAUCAUCGUGGUGGCACGGACGCGGUGUACGAUUUACUGGAUGGUGAAGAAGGGGAUUUAGCUAAGGCAUACAAGGAUGCAAAGGCUGGAGAUGCGGACAAGACUGGCGAUGAGCCCGCGAAUGGGACGGACGCGCAGACCAGGAGAUCUAAGUUCCCCGCUGUCGAUAAUGAACAGAGACGUCCUAGAGGCGAGGCUGAAAUGAAGGCCGAAGCUGAGAUGCUGGCGCGGGAAAUGGAGAAUGAACCUCUGGAUUAA